CUCUCUGGGACCACAUCCCCUCCACGCACCUCCAUGUUCCCCAAGACCACCGGUGCAGGCACCGGGAGCCCGGGGCCACACACUGCCACAGCCACACCCAACGGCCCACACACUCCCCUCACUUCUCACUCAACCCCCACUGGUUCCGUGUCCACCACCUCCCACAUUACAGGUCCGCCAUCAGGAAUAUCAUUCCGCACCACCACCACCUUCCCAACCUCAUCUCCAUCCAACACCACUCAAUCCACCCAGGUCCCCAACUCUGCCACCUCCUCUGUCACUCCCACUUCUCACACAGUGGUCACCCCAACACAACCACACACCCAUUCUCCUUACAUCUCUAGCGCAAGGCCAACAGGCUCCUCACCAUCGACACACGGCCCUGCCACGGGAACAGUGCUCCCACCCUCCACACCGCCGUGGUCCACGGCCACAAGAGGGACCACCCAGGCCCCUCACUCUGCCGGCACAGCCAAGACCACCACCUCCCUGGUGUCACACCCAUCCACACCUGCCCUCUCUGGGACCACAUCCCCUCCACGCACCUCCAUGUUCCCCAAGACCACCGGUGCAGGCACCGGGAGCCCGGGGCCACACACUGCCACAGCCACACCCAACGGCCCACACACUCCCCUCACUUCUCACUCAACCCCCACUGGUUCCGUGUCCACCACCUCCCACAUUACAGGUCCGCCAUCAGGAAUAUCAUUCCGCACCACCACCACCUUCCCAACCUCAUCUCCAUCCAACACCACUCAAUCAACCCAGGUCCCCAACUCUGCCACCUCCUCUGUCACUCCCACUUCUCACACAGUGGUCACCCCAACACAACCACACACCCAUUCUCCUUACAUCUCUAGCGCAAGGCCAACAGGCUCCUCACCAUCGACACACGGCCCUGCCACGGGAACAGUGCUCCCACCCUCCACACCGCCGUGGUCCACGGCCACAAGAGGGACCACCCAGGCCCCUCACUCUGCCGGCACAGCCAAGACCACCACCUCCCUGGUGUCACACCCAUCCACACCUGCCCUCUCUGGGACCACAUCCCCUCCACGCACCUCCAUGUUCCCCAAGACCACCGGUGGAGGCACCAAGAGCCCUGGGCCACACACUGCCACGCGCAAGGCCAACAGGCUCCUCACCAUCGACACACGGCCCUGCCACGGGAACAGUGCUCCCACCCUCCACACCGCCGUGGGCCACGGCCACAAGAGGGACCACCCAGGCCCCUCACUCUGCCGGCACAGCCAAGACCACCACCUCCCUGGUGUCACACCCAUCCGCACCUGCCCUCUCUGGGACCACAUCCCCUCCACGCACCUCCAUGUUCCCCAAGACCACCGGUCCGCCAUCAGGAAUAUCAUUCCGCACCACCACCACCUUCCCAACCUCAUCUCCAUCCAACACCACUCAAUCCACCCAGGUCCCCAACUCUGCGACCUCCUCUGUCACUCCCACUUCUCACACAGUGGUCACCCCAACACAACCACACACCCAUUCUCCUUACAUCUCUAG